GCUAGCCCGAAUCGUCCGACACAGCCACCGUUCAGCGCGAUGGAGCCUUAUGAUGUGAUAGUGAAUCAACCGGUCGUCAUCGACAACGGUUCGGGAAUGAUAAAGGCUGGCUUCGCUGGCGAUCACAUACCAAAAUGUCGCUUUCCCAACUACAUGGGCCGGCCGAAACACGUGCGCGUGAUGGCCGGUGCACUGGAGGGGGACAUGUUCGUGGGACCAAAGGCGGAAGACUAUCGGGGCCUGCUAAGCAUCCGCUACCCGAUGGAGCACGGUAUCGUGACCGACUGGAACGAUAUGGAAAAGAUCUGGACGUACAUCUACAGCAAGGAUGAGCUGUCCACGUUCGCCGAGGAACAUCCGGUGCUGCUGACCGAAGCGCCCCUGAACCCCCGGAAAAACCGCGAAAAGGCGGCCGAAAUCUUCUUCGAAACGUUCAACGUGCCCGCACUGUUCGUGUCGAUGCAGGCCGUGCUGAGUCUGUACGCGACCGGGCGCGUUACCGGCGUGGUGCUCGACUCGGGCGACGGUGUGACGCACGCCGUACCGAUAUUCGAAGGCUUCGCCAUGCCCCACAGCAUCAUGCGCGUGGACAUUGCGGGGCGGGACGUGACCCGCUACCUGAAGACGCUGAUCCGCAAGGAGGGCUUCAGCUUCCGUACGACGGCCGAGUUUGAGAUAGUGCGCUCGAUCAAGGAGAAGGUCUGCUCGCUGGCGACGAACCCGCUCAAGGAAGAGACGGUCGAUACGGAGAAGACGAAGUACGUGCUGCCGGAUGGUAACGUGCUCGAGAUUGGACCGGCGUGCUACCGGGCACCGGAGGUGCUGUUCCGCCCGCACAUGCUCGGCGAGGAGUGCGAGGGCAUCCACGAGGUGCUAAUAUACUCGAUUCAAAAGUCCGACAUGGAUUUGCGGAAGAUGCUCUAUCAGAACAUUGUGCUGUCGGGCGGAUCGACCCUGUUCAAGGGUUUCGGCGAUCGGUUACUGUCCGAGAUCAGAAAGCACGUGGCAAAGGAUAUGAAAAUUAGGAUCGCUGCACCACAGGAGCGUAUCUACUCUACCUGGAUGGGUGGAUCGAUUCUGGCCUCGCUCGACACAUUCAAGAAGAUGUGGGUCUCGAAGCGAGAGUUCGACGAGGACGGUCAGCGGGCGAUCCAUCGGAAAACGUUUUAAACUGUUUCCGCGCACCUGGGGCAAGCAUUCAUUCUGCAGCAGUUUUUGUUUCUUAUUUUUUGCGGAGGUGGCACACGCGCCUCCUGUACUGCUGGCUGUGUCUGCAGAAAAGUGGGAAAAAGUGGGAAGAAGUAUAGUCGGGUAUAGACAGGGGUAGAGGAAGAAAAUAGAACAUUUUUAGGAUGAUUUCGGGCAGCCACUGGAGACGCUUCUCUCCCUUCCUCUCAGGUUUACAUCUCGAUCGAGCGUCGAGCAACGGUUACACCGCGUACCGGAAUUGUGUUUCGUUUGAAAAGUUACUCACCCGUGAUCGUACUAUUUUUGGGUGGCGUCCGCUUCUCGGCAACGCUUUAUAUAAAUCGGUUUUAUUUUUUUAUGUUUUAUUCAUGUGCAUUUGGGAUGUCCCAUUCUUUUUUUUCUUCGAGAGAAUAAGCAAAUACGAUCCGCCAGAACAUAUUGUGUGUGUGUGCGUAUAGAAUCUAAACUAAUUUAAGUUACAUUGUGGAAUGGUCCGUUCCGAGGCAAUAAGAAGACGUAACGUGUUCAGCAAACGUGUUCGGUGUCUAUGUGCUGAGGAAAGUUGAAACCGAAACGAUUUGCACGCUUUUUCCGUUACACGCGCACAGGAAAACUCUUAUCACACAAAAUAGACACUGUAGGGGCUAAUCAGUUUUUUGCGAAGCUUCCUUGCAAGUGAUGCGCGAGCAAAAUACUGUAAUUAAGAUGCUUAUGCGUGAAAUGCUCUUUUUUGUUGUUAUUGCCGAGCUCUUCCAAUCGCAAUUUUGAUGGUAUAUGUAACAAUUUCCAUCCACUUUUUUCCGACCCAUUCGUUCCAACGUACUGAAAUCAUUUAUUUAUAACUUUUGUUUGUUUGGAUCUAUGUGUUCUAUGUGUGUUUUAAUUUGAUGAAUUUAGAGCGUGUUUUUCUUCCAAAACUGCACAAAAAUUUCAUUGUAUGAUUUAACGGAGUAACAUGAUUUCGAUGCACAAUAGACAGGGCCGCCGGCACCACCACCGCUUAAGCUUACUUCGGUGUUUGCAUUGCGUGCCGUUGCCGUUGUAUUUAAUUGCUUUGCUACAUUUAAUUGGUUUUUAUUAUCAUUUCCGGCAAAUUUUGUCUCACAUUAGAUGGGCGUGUGUGCGGUUAGAAUCAUCUUCAUUCCACGUGUGCAAUUUGUUUCAUGUCCUUGAUUUUAAUUCGUUCGUUCUUUUCUUUCAGUGCAAAGCAAAUGUACACACCAAUGCUUGCGAUCGUACCGCGCAAUUGUGGCGCAAUAAAUGAUAAUCGCCAAACAACGCUUUCAAUUUGUUUGUGGUGUACAUGCUUACACGCAUUAACACGAAUUAAAUUAUAAUUUAGUAAUUUAUACUCAUCAACCUAUCAACUAACAAAUGCGCCAAGUGGUGGGUCUGUCUCAUCGUAGUAAAGAAAUAACGAUCAUCAACAUCAAAUGGCAGAGCGCAGCGCAGCAAUGGGAAUAAUCUGUAUCCUUCUUUAAACGUACGCAUAGAUAUUAUGUAUUAUUAAUUUGUACACCAAUGCAAUGCAAGGCGUAUCGGGUACAUCGAACAUUAAGACGUUAAACAGGCUAGCGAAGGCAGGUAACGAAUCAGUAAGCAUGUGUGGUUGAAGAGGGAUGGUGUACUUAUCGUUUUAGUGGCUAAGUUCCUGAAACGAUUACCAAGCGAAGGGAAACGCUGAAGAACAGCAAUUGCAAUUGUGUACGAGAGGGAAAUAUAUCGAACGAAAAACCAA